AGAAGGAUUUCCUAAUGAUGUUCCUGUUUUUGGUGUCACUUUUAUUGAAAAAUAAAUGUUAAAAAUCUAAAAAAAAAAAAAAAGUGCCUAUGUGGCCUAUACAUAAUUUAUAUUAUGCGGGAGGGCGGGGUCAAGCAACACAAGCAACGUCAGUCAAUUCACUAUAGAGAAAGUGAAAGUAAAAAAAAAAAAAAAAAAAACUGACGGAGCUUUCUAACGCUGCAUUAACGGCGCAUAUUCUCUGAGACAACGAGAGACGAAACUACUUCAACAUUUGCUGAUAACGAGCUGUACUGAAUCACUCCCUGCAGAAAAACCUGUUUCGCAAGUAGUAAUCAAUCAGGAAGAUAAAUAAAGUUUAAAGAAGGAAGUCAGCUGUCGAGCUGGAGUGUGGAUCAUCUCUCUGUGUUAAUACAGUGAAAUGGCAGAAGCCAGUAUCUCAUGGGCUGAAGAUCAGUUCUGCUGUCCAGUGUGUCUGGAUCUGCUGAAGGAUCCAGUGACGAUUCCCUGUGGACACAGUUACUGUAUGAGAUGCAUCACAGACUACUGGAACCAGGAGGAUCAGAAGGGAACCUACAGAUGUCCUCAGUGCAGAACGACCUUCACCCCAAGACCAGUUUUAGGUAAAAACGUGGUGUUUGCUGCAAUGGUGGAGAAACUCAAAAAGACGCAACUCCAAUCUGCUCCUGUUCCUGCUACUCCUGCUGCUCCUGCGGUUCAUCACACUGGACCUGGAGAUGUUCAGUGCGACUCCUGCACUGGAAUUAAACAGAAAGCAGUGAAAUCAUGUCUGGAGUGUCGAAGCUCUUACUGUCAAAAUCAUCUUGAACAGCAUGAGAAUCUCUUCAGAGGUAGAAAACACAAUCUGAUGGACGCCACUGGACGCCUGCAGGAGAUGAUCUGUCCUCAACAUGAUAAAAUGCUGGAAAUGUACUGCCGUACCGACCAGCAGUGUAUAUGUAUGCUGUGUUUGGUGGAUGAACACAAAAAUCAUGACACUGUAUCAACUGCAGCAGAAAGAAAAAAUAAACAGAGACAUUUGGAGAGAGAAUUACAGAAGAUAAUCAAGCAGAAAGAGAAAGAUAUUCAGGAGCUGAGAAAGGCUGUAGAGUCUCAUAAGCGCUCUGCACAGACAGCAGUGGAGGACAGUGAGAGGAUCUUCACUGAACUCACCUCCAUUGAGAAACGUCGAUCUGAGGUGAAGCAGCUCAUCAGAGAUCAGGAAAGAGCUGCAGUGAGUCGAGCUGAAGAACAACUGGAGCGACUGGAGAAGGAGAUUGAUGAUCUGAGGAGGAGAAACACCGAGCUGACACAGCUUUCACAAACAGAUGAUCAUAUUCAUUUCCUCCAAGUAACAGAGAUCUUUUCAUACAUGCAGGAUGGGGACUAUAUCAAGGUUCAUCCUCAUCUAACUUUUGAUGAUGUAGCAAAAUCCGUCUCUCAGCUCAGAGACAAACUGCAGCAGUUCUGCAGAGAGGAGACAGAAAAGAUUUCUUCCACAGUGAAAAUGGCCCAGGUCCUUCUUACUCCUGAAUAUCCAACCAGGAAGGACUUCCUACAAUAUUCCCGUUUGUUUACUCUGGAUCUGAACUCAGUGAAUAAUUUACUCCGUCUGUCUGAGGGAAACACAGUGAUCACUGUCACUGACACACUGCAGCAGUAUCCUGAUCAUCCAGACAGAUUUGAAUCUUGGGCAGAGGCGCUGUGUAGAGAGAGUGUGACUGGACGCUGUUACUGGGAGGUGGAGUGGAGCGGUGAUGGGGGAUCAGGAGUAGAUAUAGGAGUGACAUAUAAGAGCAUCAGCAGGAAGGGAGACGGUCCUGAGAGUGCAGUUGGACGUAACAAUCAGUCCUGGAGUUUGUUCUGCUCGCCAGACUAUUGCUCAUUCUGGCACAAAAACAUUGAGACUGUUCUUCCUGUAACCCGUAUGUCCAGUAGAAUAGGAGUGUAUGUGGAUCACAGCGCAGGGAUUUUGUCCUUCUACAGUGUCUCUGACACAAUGGGCCUCAUCCACAGAGUCCAGACCACAUUCGCUCAGCCGCUGUAUGCUGUGUUUGGAUUAGAUAGACACUCAACGAUUAAACUGUGUCGUCUAACCAAAUAAAUCAUAUAGAGGUUGAAUAGAUUAUUUUGUCACAUUACAUGAUGAAUCAGUAUCAGUAAUCAGAAAUACCACUUGCGAGCUUAUAAUAAUCACAGAUCUGUUAAGAGCAAAACUUAUAAUCAUUUGAGUAGAAUGAUGACUUUAUGAAAGGAGCUGAUAAUGAAUGUAGAAAGUGUGUGAGAUUGUGUUAAGUUAUGUAACACUUUGUCAGAAAAAGCUUUCAAAUCACUGAAUAAAAUGUUUUAAUAAAUACAGUGGCAAGAACAAGUUUGUGAACUAUUCAAAAAUAUCUACAUUGAUUACUCAAAAUGUAAUUGAUCAAAAUUGGAACAAUUGUAGACAAACACUAUCUGAUUAAACUAAUGACACAAAUAAUUGUAUUUUUCACAUUUAAAAAUACAGUAAAAAAUACAGUAAAUACAGUAAAUAAUCAUUCACAGGUCUGGGGGAAUUGGGUGAAUCCCUUGAAUUUAGUAACAAAAGCUGGUUAGUUUACAAACUUAUUCUUGCUUGCCACUGUGUAUCCAAAGUGUUAUCUUCUUCUGCAUGACUUAAAAAAAAAGAAAGAAAUUGUACCUGUUGUUAACAUUUUUACGUCCCAGCAACAACCAUUAAAUGCUGACUCUCUAAACAAACUUUUAUUACAUGCAAAAUCAUAUGUAACCACAUAUGAUUCAUAUCACAUCUAAUGUGAUUUCAUUUACAUGUACAUGCUCCUCAUGUUCAUAUAUUUUUCAUAUAUUUUGUGCUUCAUAAUGUUUUUUUUUUCCCUUUAUUUGAUUACAUAACUGCUCACAUUCUUAGUGACAUGCACAGAUUUAGCUCAGAAACAAAAUAUAUUAGUUUUGUAUCACCAGGAAAGUGGAAGAUAAAAUGAUGAUGCACAUUUUGAAGCAAACAUGAGGUGUAAUAGUAUCAAAUAUGAGGUAUCAGAAAUUUAAAGUAAAGCACGUUUGAAAGAAUGAACUUUGUUUGAAUUAACUUUGUAGCUUUGAUUUACUGUAGAUGAUGUGACCUUACGGGAAUCAGAAAUUGUAAGACUCCAUGCCUCUAUUUAGAGAUCAGUAACGAUCAGAAAAGCUGCAGAUACUUUCACAUUGAUCAACAAAUCCUUUGUUCUUUAUUCAGCUAAAGAGUCAAGGCACUGAAUUUGGUGAUUUUCUCUUGAUAAAGGUGAGUUCUGAGUCUGACAUGCAGUGAUAUUAAUAUGACUGUGUUUUGCUCUUUAUUAAGGUUCUAUGAGUUUUAAGAGUCUCAUUCUGAAUGUCUUAGUUCGUUUCUGAUUUUCUGACUCUAACAAUCAAAAGUAAAUGGAAAAAUUGGCUAUUAUAAUAUAGAAUGUAUACACUAAAUGUUUUUUUUUUUUGACAGUUUUGCAUUUUAAGUUAUUUUUCAUCACUAAUUAAAACUUUUAGAGCUGCAUUUCUGCUCAGAGUAGUUGUUUGUGAAAACUUUGAAAGC